CUGCAAAGGUCCUGGAUAUGCCACGCCCAUGGAUGCGUACACGAAUGGGGCCCGUGAGGAGAUUGUGUAUAUUCCUUGUAUUAUCCCGCCGCAAGAUCGGACCAAGAGAUGCGACUAUCUGGCCACAGUCGAUGUCAACCCACGGUCGCAAACGUAUGGACAGGUAUUGCACAGAAUGUAUCUGCCCUAUAUCGGAGACGAGCUUCACCACACAGGUUGGAACGCAUGCUCCAGUUGCCAUGACGACCCGUCCAAGUCUCGCAACCGUUUUAUCAUGCCUUGCCUUGGCAGCGAUCGAGUUUAUGUAGUAGACGUCGGGACGGACAAACUUGCACCAAGAAUACACAAGAUUGUUGAACCAGAAGAGCUUCACGAGAAGGCACAAUGCGGCACGCCACAUACAACACAUUGUCUCGCCUCUGGCGAGAUUUUGAUAAGUUGCAUGGGAGAUGGGCAUAGAAACCCGAAAGGCAAAGCAUGUUUCGUAGUCCUGGAUGGCGAAACGUUUGAAGUAAAGGGAAACUGGGAACAAGGAGGCGGCACCGAGUUUGGUUAUGGCUACUGGUACCAGCCGCAUCACAAUAUCAUGGUCAGCACAGGCUUUGUCAAUCCAAAGGCGUUCUUCAAAGGGUUCGAUCCAAAAGACGUCGAAGAAGGUAUGUAUGGUCGUUCCCUCCACUUCUGGGACUGGUGCGAACACCGCCUGAUCCAAUCCGUGGACCUGGGGCCCGAGGGCUGGAUGCCGCUUGAGAAUCGGUUCUUGCAUGAACCCACAGAAGCCCAAGGAUACGUUGGCUGUGCUUUAAGCUCAACUGUGUUUAGAUACUUUAAGACCCCGUCGGGUACAUGGAGCGCAGAAAAGGUAAUCGCCAUUCCCAACAAGAAGGUGGAAGGCUGGAUUCUCCCGGAAAUGCCAAGUCUAGUCGUCGACAUCAUCAUUUCGCUGGAUGACCGCUUGUACUUUUCCAACUGGCUUCACGGUGACGUUCGCCAGUAUGACAUCACCGACAGGCGCAAUCCGAAACUGGUUGGUCAGGUCUGGCUGGGCGGGAGUAUCUGUCGCAAUGAAGGCGUCCGGGUGACAGAGGACAAGGAAUUGAAGGAACAGCCGACGCGACCCCGAAUCAAGGGCAAGGAGAUUUCUGGCGCUCCCCAGAUGCUGCAAUUGAGUCUGGAUGGAACACGUCUCUACGUGACUACUUCCCUGUUCUCCGUUUGGGAUAAACAGUUCUACCCGGAUCUUUGCAAGAACGGCUCAAUGUUGUUACUUGUCGACGUUGACACUGAAAUAGGAGGCCUAAAGCUGAACCCUGACUUUGUCUGCGACUUCGGCCUUGAACCUGGUGGUCCAGUACUCGCGCAUGAGAUCCGCUACCCCGGGGGAGACUGUGAUUCGGAUAUCUGGCUAACGAUAACCAGUCCAAAACAAUAAUCGAGUCAUUUUCACCUUUGACAAAGGGAAAGAACAAGAUGGUCCAUAUGGACGCUUCUGGGUGUUCGGACGAUGACGACAUACGUAAAAGGACUGAUGUGACCAGUUAUUUCACACCUGUAUUUUCAUAUGUACUCAAAUCAACAUUAGCCUUAUAUUCGUUAAUGUGUCUAUCUACCUAUCUACAAAGUAAU